UUGACGGGUGACGGGUGUGUACAUGGAUAUGGAUGCGUAACAAAGUGAAAUUUAAUUUUACAAUACCUAGUAACUACCAGACGUAUUAACUGGUGAAAUAAGCACAAAAAACAUAGACUCUUUUACACGGUUUUUAUAAUACAUCUGAUUGAAUUAAACUGACGGCCAACGAAAAGAUGACCAUCGCAACUCCUAAGUGAUUUAUCUAUGGCGUGUACUGCUUCGGACCAUGAGAUUAUUACAAAUAUUCGCCAAACAAUAAUCCGUAUAAGAUGUAAUCGAAAUUUCCGAAGAUUCAAGCAUGGGUUCGAGAUUACGAGAUACCGUUCGCUUCCUGUUCGAAUUGUUCUGUGAAGUAUCCCCUGGUGAUCAUGUAAGGGAUCCAUACAUUGUGAGAAAAUAUCCAGAUGCUUAUAAAAAUGAGGAGGAGUUGAAAAACAUACCCAAGUUUACAUUCCCUUGUCAGUUUGAGAACACAUAUGUUCAGCAUUAUUCCUUCGUGUUGACGUCUGUAGAUUCCAAGUACACGUUUUGUUUUUGUCGCUACGAUCCGAAAGCGAAUACGGCACUAGUGCUGAUGUCGCAUCUGCCAUGGCACGAUAUAUUUUACAAGUUACUGAAUUGCAUAGCAAAUUUACUGAACAGUUCAGAGAGAGGGGAGUUGACAUCGUUUCUAGAAGCAUGCAGAAUAAGGCCGCCUAUGCCCGGGCACACGUUGAAAGUUACAUACAACGCUGGACACAAUGUGUUCUCGUGCCAAAGCCCGGAUAAUAAGUUACCUAGCAUACCUGAAAAUUGCAACCUAACUGAAUACUUUAGCGCUAUGGACACAAAAUGCAUGGCUGGUCUAUGGGCAGCCUUGCUCCACGAGCGGCGGAUCGCUAUAGUCGCAUCAAAACCGUCACGUCUAUCGGCGUGCGUACAAGCGGCCAACGCGACUCUGUUCCCAAUGUCGUGGCAACAUAUAUUCAUCCCGAUACUGCCUAAACACUUGGUCGAUUACCUGCUUGCCCCUAUGCCCUUUUUGAUUGGAGUUCCUAGAUGUGUUAUGGAGACGGUAAGAAUGUCAGAAAUAGGUGACGUCGUCGUUUUGGAUGUAGAUGCGAACGAACUAAGGUCACCCUUUCACGACUUAGAGAGUCUUCCACAAGAUAUGGUAGCAAGUUUAAAAAAGGCUCUAAGUGACAAGAACGCUUUAGGAGAUGCAGUGUCGAGGGCGUUUCUGCGCGCGCUUGUGUGCUUGAUUGGUGGCUAUAGAGACGCUAUCAGAAUCGAGAAAGGUCAACAGAUAACGUUUAAAGCGGACGCCUUUGUUAGGACGAGGAAGAAUAUGCAACCGUUCUUGAGGAAAAUACUACAAUCGCAGAUUUUUCAACAGUUCAUAGACGAAAGGCUGGAGCUCCUGAACUCGGGGCGCGGGUUCAACGACGAGUUCGAGGUGGAAUGCAAUCACUACGCUGAGAAGCUCAGCACGGGCAGCGGGCAGAGGCUCAAGCAGCAGUACCGGGACUGGGCGAAAACCGUCAAGAAGGAGGGCGGCGCUUUCUUCAAGAAUGUUAAAGAUAAGGCGAAUCCCGCAGUACAGUCGGCUGUCAAAACGGUCCGGCAAGGCGGUAAGAAUAUGAAGUCUGCUGUGAGGGGAUUGAAGAACAAAAUGCCCAAGACGGGAUCGAGGCCAUCUUCCAUUAACACCACAGAUGAUAGCAGGUUAUCUUGCGGUUCCGCGACACCCGUGUCCUCGGACUCUUCUUCGGAUUCGACUCCCUCCCGCGACAUCCCUCCCCGAGAGAAUGCUCCCUCCCUCCCGUUAGACCUCCUCACGGAAAUGGAGUUCCUCCUCAACAAGCGCCGUGACAGCCUUCCCGGGAACACGCACAAUUCCGAUAUCAGCCUCGCGGAUAGAGCUAAAACACUUGCACCCUGCCCUCCGCCCCGGUUACCGGUACGUCCCCAUCCUCCCCUCCGCUACCCUAUCAUAUCGACGAGGAAACUGGUCGAUAUAUCCGAUGCGCCCGCGCCUCCCCCGAGGGCCAUACCGCCGCCAUCCACGACCAACUUUGUAACCAACAUCACAAAGAACGAUGCCAAUGUAAUCGACGAUUUCCAUACGAGCACGAUAAGGUUCACGGAAGGGAGCGACAAGGCGAAGCUCAAGCUAACGCUAUCCUCCAACCAAAGGUCACAGCCUUCUAACGGCUCAGUAAAACCAACGUUGGCCCCCAACGUUGGCCCAAAGCCUAGCCAAGACCGACCGAGACCACGGCCACUCUACAAAGGCAGAACCCAAGAGUCAUGUGGUUCCGACCUCAUAAAACUGGACGAUUCGCCCACGAACCUCGAGGAUUUCGAUCCCCUUAAAUAUCGAGACAAGAGUGACAGGUCCGACCCCAUAAAGCCCUCGACGGAUAGCGCUUUGCUGCACGAAUACGGGCUUGACUUUAGCCAGUUUGGCUUGUCAGAUUUCUCAGCUAGCUCAAGCGCCCAACAGGAGUCUUCAGCAGUUCCAAAAGGAUGGACCACGUUUAAUUAGAACCAUAUGAAGGACGAAUUCAUAUUUGCCUGACUGUCGCGUGACGCAUCCGAAUAGAAUUAGCUUUAUCAUAUAAAUAUAGUCUUCUUUUUAAUCCCAGAGACUAAAAUGACAGCUAGAAAUGUUAAACUCAAAAUGAUGAUACCUUAACAAAAACAGUGUUGUCCCUCAUGGUGCUGGUUUAGGUUAAAAUCGUUAAUGAAAUAAUAUUUCGUACAUAACGAAUAAAAUAAACAUACAAAAUGUGUAAUUACGAAAUUAAAAAGUAGCACUAAUCGCAUAUUUGAAAGACUUAAAGAAUAGUUAGUAACAA